GUUCCCUUUUUUAUAAUUAUAAAGGCAACUAUUCCAUUGUUCUGCUGGCGGUGUGUGAUGCGAAUUAUACUUUCACUUGCAUUGAUAUUGGAGCUUACGGCUCGCAAAGUGAUGGUGGCGUUUUAUGGAAUUCUGGCUUUGGGAGACAGCUCUAUAGUGGAAAACUGGAUCUUCCUGAAAACGAUGUGCUACCAGACUCUGACAUAACUUUUCCCCAUUAUUUUGUUGGAGAUAAUGCGUUCCCGUUAAAGCCAUUUUUAAUGAGGCCAUACCCAGGAACCAAUUUAUCUCUGGAGAGGCAAAUUUUUAAUAAACGUUUAUCUCGAGCACGCCGUGUUAUAGAAAAUGCAUUUGGGAUUUUGGCUUGUCGAUGGAGAAUCCUUUUAAAUCCCUUACAAAUGAGCCCUUUAUCUGCCGAGAAAAUUGUAAAGGCUACGGUUCUCCUUCACAAUUUUCUCAAGAUGCACGAUGGUAGCUAUUGCCCGCCGGAAUAUGUUGACCAGGAGGACGGCGACUCUAUCAGAAGAGGAUUGUGGCGGAGUGAUAUUUCGACCCCCUUGCAAAGAGCUAGGCGGAUAGGUUCGAACAAUGCGUCACAAAAUGCGUUUAAGUUAAGAGAUGAUCUGAAGAGUUACCUUGUAUCCCAUCCAAUUCAAAGGAUGGCACAAUAAAAAAAAGGUGAUUUAUAUUUUUUAUCUAAUGUGCGAAAAUAGUUAACAUAUAAUGCUAUUUUUAGCCUCAACAGAACCAAGAUGAGUUUGCCAAGCGGAGACGCAAAACAUGAUGGCAUGCAAUAACAAAAACAAUACAAAUAAAAUAUUCAAACAGUAUACAAAAUUACCGAAAGUUCAACGAAUUUUCAUUAAA